GGUGAUUCAUGGCGCGUCAUUAAAAUAGCUUUGAAUUUAAGUAGAGGUCGUUUCCUCUAUUCCCCACAUUUUUAGGACAAUGUAUCCUGGACCAGGCUAAGCCCGUAGAGACCAAACUGAUAUGAUACAACCCUCCGUCAAACUCCGGAUUAGAUCUGUUUGCUCCAGCUUCCUGUAUUUCCUGUGUGUGUCAGGCUGAUGUACUGAAGUGCAUGUGUGUGUUUGUGUAUUAAUAUUGCAUGCAGUGUAUACAAGUGUGAUUCAUUGCUCUCUGUGCAAAGCUUUCAUAUCACAGAAGGCUGUGUGCAUGUGUGUGCACAAAUGUGUAUUUAUGUGUGUAUGCAUAUGUGUGUUUAGACGGGGGGGGCAUUGUUAAUGCUCCUCAUUGGCUGAAAUAUUUUCUCUGGCAACUAGAAAACGUGAUACUGCCUGCAGAGGCACUGCAGUGUGUGCUGCGGCGAGAGAGAGUGGAUGAGAGAGAAACAGAGGGAGUGUGUGUGAGUGAGUGAGAGAGAGAGAGAGAGGGAGGGAGGAGGGGAGAGGGCAGGCAAAAUAAACCACAUGCAUAAGGAGGGAGCCAGAAGCACAGAGACAGAGAGGGAGAGUGCGUGCGUGGGUGUGUGCAUGUAUGUGUGAAAAUACUGCGCAUGUGUGACUGCGAGGUGCACAGGCUGAAGCAGACAGAGGAGGAGAAAGAGGAGUAAUGAACGGCAGCUUAGAGGAGAGGUAACAGCAGAGGAGAGGGAAAGAAGGAGAAGAGAGGUUCACCUGAAGACCAGAGGAAAGAGACGGACAGAAAGAAAGAAAGAAAGAAAGAAAGGAAGGAAGGGUUAGAAGGGAAAGGAAGGGGACGCGCAUGCAGAAAAACACAGCACAGAUACUCAGGUCACUGCACAAAAUAAGCUGAAUAAUUUGAGAGGCUUAGGGAGAGAGAGAAAUAGAGGGAUGGAGAAAGAGAUACCAGAGGGAGACGCUCAGCCUCAGCUCGCCAGGGAAAAAGCAAGGGUGGGAGAGUGAAGGACAAAAGGUACCAGAGGAGGAGAGGAGAAGAGGAACGAGGGAUGCAGAGCUCGAUGAAAGCAGCCUGAGACAUGACGCAUCCACCUUGCAACAGCUUCCUCCAUCUUACAUCCCCUCCAUCUUUCCCCCCCUUCGCUGCUUCUUGUCGUUCAUCCUGUUAGAGGCGAAUGGACGAGAGAGAGCAUCUUCUCUCCGGUGAGAUGUCCCCCUGAACAAAACAAAGAGACUGGUUUGUCUUCACAGAGGAGCAUCAACAGUGUUGACAGCAGAAAGGGGAACAGGAGUAAGGAGGCGAAAAAGGAUUGGAACAAGACAAGUGCGUAAGCAGACAGGUAGAUUGACCAAAGGAAUCAAGUUACGAGCCUGACUCACUGAAAAAGGGAGAAAAGCACAGAGGCAUCCUUCAGACUGUUAUCACUUCUGCUGCUCAUUUGGGAGGACUGUUUAAAAAAAAAAAACUUCACUCCCACCUUUGAGGAAUUCAGGAGCCUUGGAGCUUGAAGGAGUCAUUCCAACAGCUUUCUGGAGCAUUAUAGGAUACCUCCCAAAAAAAAAGACCUCUUCCUCCCUCCUUCUUAUCAACAAGCCACUGAGAGGUCACACAGGGUCACCUGACAAAACUGGACCGAGACAAGAGAGAAAGACAUUUUUCUUUCUUUCUUUCUCACGCAUUUGAGUCGACACAACUGCAGCCAAAAACAGGAAGUUAAGCGGGCGUUUAAGCGAGACACGCGUAAAGGCUAGUAUGAGAAAGCAAGAGUUUCCCUUGGCAGGCCACAGGACAUAGUUUAAGACAAUACCUCUUGGACCUUUCUGAACUGCCUGUACUUAACUCCCCUACCCCCUAGCACCACUCUGUGAAUGCAGAAAUCCACUAACCUGUACUGUAUGUAUAUAUGUGAGCAUCUGUGUGCAUAUGAGAUUAUUUAUUGAUGUUCACUGAAUGAGAACAUAUCUCUGUGCUAAAGUACUAACUGUCCUUGUGAGUGAAUAUACAUUUCUGUAAACCGCCAUCAGAGACAGCACAGGAAUAUCAGCAUAAGUGAUUUAAAACAACAGAAAAACUACCUUUAAGUAGUCAACACUGGUCAAAUACUGUAAGCUGGACUGUUAAAUCAUCUGUACAUAUCAGCUGUGACAGAAUAAGAGCUUCAGAUUGCGGUGCUCUGGCUGAGCUCCUCUAUCUGUCUUCCCCUUACAAAGACUCAGGCUGACAGUAGCGCACACCAGGGGAGAUCUCUGAGGGAAACAUGGAGGCAACCAUCCGUCCCCAUGUCCCCUCGAAUGGCUGACUUUGGAGAAGGAGCCCAAUCUUUUUCCCCUUGCACAGAACCAGGCAGGGGCAUCCAGCGCUGAUAAGAGCCACAGCCCCUCUCUCUUCCACCUCCCAAAACGUGCGAAUGUCCUGCCUCAGGCGUCAGCCCGUCACCAUCCCCAUGGACACCGUCAAGAUCAUCCAGUCAGAGAAGUUCCCCAGAGAGUGCCCCGUGCCCGUCACCCAGCCACGCUAUGCCCCACCCCCCAGAGUGGCGUGGGACGGUGGAGGAGAAGGUGAAAUAAUCGUCAACCAGGCCUGCAGCGACCUGACCCUGGACAUCACAGGGUCUCCCCGGCCGAUGUUGUCCCCCCCGGCCCCCGUGACGCGCAGGGAGCAGAGCUUCCUGGCGCAGCGCAAAACCAGUGCCAACGAAAUCUGCUACCACCAGUUCCACUACAAGAUGGAAGACGUCAUAGUAAACCAGUACGUGCUGCGCUCCUCCUCCACCUCCUCCUCCACUUCGUCCUCCUCCUCCUCGGGACCCGUCAUGCCCUGCGAGCCCCUGGACUGCCCCACCUGCGGUCACACCUACAACUUUGCCGGCAAGCGCCCACGCAUCCUCUCCUGCCUGCAUUCGGUGUGUGAGGAGUGCCUGCAGAUCCUCUACGAGUCCUGUCCCAAGUACAAGUUCAUCUCCUGCCCCACAUGUCGGCGCGAGACAGUGCUAUUCACUGACUAUGGCCUGGCUGCUCUGGCCAUCAACACCAGCAUCCUGAGCCGCUUGCCCUCUGACCCCAAUGGCCCUGUUCAGUGGGGUGGGGACGCCGACCGCAGCUGCUACCAGACUGUGCGCCAAUACUGCCAGUCAGCCUGCACCUGCCAGAUCGCCAACCCCUUGUCCUCCUGUGGCAUCAUGUAGACAAGGGGGGACACUGCAGGCAUGACUCGAAGUUGUCCCCCACCACCACCACUCUUUUCGUCUAUAAGCUCUCUCCUUUCUGCCAGCCCCCCUCACCCCAACACACACACACUCAUACAGUAAAUAAAUCCCUCCA